GAGGACUCCGCAAGCAUGCAGAUGGUGGCCUUCAGCAGCUUCCUGCUCCCCCCGCUGCCCAGCCCCGCCCCGGCCGCCGCCUCCGCCGCCGCCUCGUACCCAGUGGCCGCGCACCGCGGCCGCCGCCCGCCGGGACCUCGCUGCCGCUGCGGCCGCUCGCCGGAGGUACCCCCCGCCGCCGCCACCAGCAGCGGUUCCGGCGACCGCGGCUCGUGCGAAGAGGAGGACGCCCCCGCCCCGCCUCCCCUCCCCGUCGAACUCGUCGGCGGCGCCGCCCCAUCCGCGGACAGCCUAACCGGAAAUGCGUCACCAAGAUAUCAGCCAACUUCAACUGAAAGGGACAGCGGGAAUGGAGAUUUGGGGAGAUGGCAAAAGAAUCAAGGCAGAACCGAUGGUUUAUCCGGUAGCAAGUCCAUGUCAGGUUAUUCCAAAGCAUUUGGGGUGGAUUUCUCCCCCGAUAACGUGGCUGUUGCCACUGUUUAUUUUGUGCAAGGAGUUCUGGGUCUUUCCAGACUUGCUGUCAGCUUUUACUUGAAAGAUGAUCUUCAGCUUGAUCCAGCAGAGACUGCAGUUAUAACUGGUUUCUCAGCCUUGCCGUGGUUGGUCAAGCCCCUUUAUGGUUUUAUCAGUGAUUCCGUCCCUCUCUUUGGAUAUCGUAGAAGGUCGUACCUCAUUCUAUCAGGACUCCUUGGAGCAAUUUCUUGGAGUUUGAUGGCAACAAUUGUGGAUGAUAAGUACAGUGCAGCGCUCUCUAUUAUUCUUGGAUCUCUUGCAGUUGCCUUCUCUGAUGUUGUUGUUGAUUCUAUGGUUGUUGAGAGAGCUCGAGGUGAGUCACAGAGCACAUCUGGAUCUCUCCAGUCACUAUGUUGGGGAUCCUCAGCCUUUGGGGCAAUUGUGAGCGCAUACUUCAGUGGUUCUCUAGUGGAUACUUAUGGUGUAAGAUUUGUCUUUGGUGUUACGGCAUUUUUACCCCUGAUGACAUCUGCGGUUGCAGUUCUUGUAAAUGAACAGCGUUCGCAUUCUGAGGAACAUUCCAUCUCACUUUCAAGUUCAGGAUUGAUUGAAAGCUCUAAGCAGCAGAUCAGGCAGAUUUGGACUGCUGUAAAGCAACCGAACAUUUUCUUGCCUACUUUGUUCAUAUUCCUUUGGCAAGCAACACCACAGUCGGAUUCUGCCAUGUUUUAUUUCGUCACAAACAAGAUUGGAUUCACUCCAGAGUUUCUAGGGCGUGUCACACUCGUUACAUCUGUUGCAUCCUUGCUGGGCGUCGGAAUAUAUAAUUCGUUCCUGAAGGCAGUUCCACUGAGAAAAAUCUUUCUUGUGACAACAAUUUUAGGUUCUGCCCUUGGAAUGACACAGGUUCUGCUUGUCACUGGGCUCAAUAGGAAGCUGGGGAUAAGUGAUGAAUGGUUCUCCAUCGGGGAUUCCUUGAUCCUCACAGUCCUUGGUCAGGCUUCGUUCAUGCCCGUGUUGGUGUUGGCUGCGAGAUUGUGUCCUUUGGGAGUCGAAGCGACACUGUUCGCCACACUGAUGUCCAUUUCCAACGCGGGAAGUGUCGCCGGCGGUCUGGUGGGCGCGGGCCUAACUCAGUUUCUGGGUGUCACCAAGGACAACUUUGAAAAUCUGGCUCUGCUGAUCGUCAUCUGCAACCUCAGCUCUCUGCUGCCUCUGCCUCUCCUGGGCCUCCUUCCAGAUGGAUCACCGGAUGCCGAUAAUGGGCAAAGUAAAGUUGAUUGAAAUACUUGACCUUCUCUUACAGAUUAGACUCGGAGACGGUCAGAUCCUGGCGUGAACUCGAUCACCAGCAGGAGAUGAGAUGAAAACUACGGCUAACAUUGGGCAGUUGUUGGCUUGGUGCACGGUUGAGCAUUGAGAAGAGCGCCCCCAGCAGAAGGUGAAGUUCCAGAUGAACGCACCCCACGCGCUCUCGCCUGUAAUAAAGCUCUGCUGCUCUGCACCACCGCAGUCAAGAUUCGUGGUAGUCUGCAUGCAUUUCGGACGAGGUUACCUUGGCUGGGAAGAAGAUGUGUUGUCUUGCAUCACCGUUGAUGCUCUGACCUCUUUCUUAGGUAAAUUAAACGGGGCAGAUUGAACGCGAAGACUACACGUGUAUAUCUCACUUUGCUAUAUAUCCUUUCUUAAGGAAAGGAAACACAUGUGGAAUGUGGAGCGAGUUUGGUACUGCUAAAGUACAAACUGCUCCUUCCUCUGUUCCUAAAUAUUUGUCUUUUUAGAGAUUUCAAAUGGAUUACCACAUACAGAUGUAUACAAACAUAUUUUAGGGUGUAGAUUCACUCAUUUUGAUCCGUACGUAGUCACUUAUUGAAAAUCUCUAGAAAGACAAAUAUUUAGGAACGGAGGGAGUACAUAAUAGGCCAUAACCGACCGUGUAAGGGGUUCU